AUGACGUGGAAUGAUUGUUUAGAGAAAUAUCUCCAUCAAUGUUCCAACAGAGUUUCAAAAGUAAGCAAAAUUCCAAGACUUAGUAUUAGUCUUGCAUCAAAACUUUUGGACGAGUUACCCAAUUUAAAAAUAAUUCAUCUUAUAAGAGAUCCAAGAGCCAUAAUGAAUUCAAGGGACAAAUUUAGCUGGACGCCUGUUCCGGGUGGUGCCGUAUCAUUAUGUAAGAAAAUAAUGGCGGAUUACCUUUCAUCUGUAGAAGUAAAAAGAGCUCACCCAGGUAGAUUAUAUACGGUGUUUUACGAGGAAAUUGCGGGCAAUCCUAUAGAGACAUUCAGAGGAAUUUACGACUUUCUUGGAUAUCAGUUUAGUAAAAACGACCAAAUUCGACUGACAGCCAGAACUGCCUCCUCUAAACAGGGAAAUGCUGGCAGUACCUACAGAUUUAAUUCCGCGAAAACGGCAAGUACAUGGAAAAAACAAAUUAACUCAACUGUACUAAAGGAAACUAACAAAGCUUGUUUUUCUGUGUAUCAGCUUCUAGGAUAUCCAGAGUUCAAAGGAUCUUAG